UCUCCGCGCCUGCUGCAGCUCUCAGCUCGGUGCUCUCCUUCCUGGCACAGCAUCACAUUUGUUCACCACAUACUGAGCAAAUCCGCGUUUUCUUUGAGAGUUUAUGUCUCUGUCUGACCGGCCGCUUCUCGUCGCGCCCGGACAUUGUGGUUGAGUCAUCAAACACAGCGUUGAAGCGCUUAUGGUCGGAAUCUGCUUUGCCUGACCACCACAUCUGGAUUGCCUUCUACGUUCGGUUGCCAUGAUGCUUGGGUUGCAGGGAAAUGCAUCAUCCUCUAAAGUGUAUCGUUGUGUGGCCUGUUCAGCCACCUUUACUGGACUGGCGUCGUUGCUUGUACAUCAGGCAUCCCAUGCUAGUGCUCUCGCCAAGGUUCCUGCCCUGCCUCCACAAUCUAAUAUCAGGCCACAUGAAACACUAUCUGCAAGUCUAGACCUAUCCAGUGAACACCGCAGUCCACAAACAGUCUUACCCGAGAGUCCUUCACCUUCUUUUUACAUUUGUGAUUGUGGAGAGGAGUUUCAGGACUUCAAUCUUAUGCUGGAGCACAAGCGUUCACAUGUCUCUCAAAUACAGCUCCUACAGUCCAUGGGUGAUAAUAUGGUCUCUAGUAGAACAGGCAUUGAAAAAAUGUUUCCCACACAGCAUUUACCUUUAACCCCUGCUGUAAACCAGCCACCUCUGGUACUUAGCUGCCCCUCUACCUCGAAGUCCCUAGCUGUGGAGUUGCCUACACUAACAGACCAUAAAGCAGAUGUAAGCCUUGGAGAUGGCACUGCCAUAUUAACCACUCCUCAAGACCUGUGCAAGCCAUCUCAAGAUGACGGAGAAAACCAUGACAAUAUGUCGGCCACAGCAGAGCAAAUAACACAGAGGGAGGAGGAAAUUAACUCCCAGGACAUAUCAGAGUCUAUUCUCAACAAUGAAAAAGGUGAGAGUUUUCCCAAAAAUAAUUCCAUAAUGAAGUUGCUAGCAUCAGCAUAUAUGAAGCGCUUUGUACCUCGUCCAACUCAAAUCAAUCCAAAUCAAAAUAAUAGCACGGUAACCCCCAAACAAGAGGUUUGCCCUGUUGACAUCACACCAGGAGCAAAACCACAGAUGCCUGCAGUUAAGGAUCUCUCUAUUACACAGUUGAGGCGACUGCUUGUAAAACCUGGUAUAAAGACAAAAGCUCCGCCCAUUGGCCGGAUCCUUGAGUCUAGUAAGAAGAAGAUUGUUUCUCUGACCAAGACUUUUUCACCUGUUGUUGUUCUUGAAACUCGUCAAAAGCUUAUGGAUCCUAUAGGCAAUGGUACAUAUGGGAGUUAUCAAUGUGGCCGCUGUCGUAGGGUCUUUCAAAGCUUAGACAGACUGACAGAGCAUCAUUUGUUGCACAAAAAAGAAAGGAUUAAAUGUUGCCGUCGCUGCAAACAGCUGAUCAUUGGGCGGCUGCCUUUACCUGACAAUCAUGUAUGCCCUCAGUUAGCAAACAGGGCCAAACAGUCGUCGAGUUCUUUAAGGAGCAAUUUACCAUUUUCCCAAAAAGUUAUGCCAUUCCACAGUUACGGCAAUACAAAAAAAAUAUUUUUUUGUCCACUGUGCAAGCACAGCUAUGCACGAAGGUGGAACCUCAAGACCCACAAGUGCCAGGGACCAAGGUCAGCCUUCCCUCUGCAAGACAGUCGCCCUGUACAGAAAAUGUUUGCAUUAAAAUCAAACAGUAAUGGCCAAACAAAUGCAAAAUAUAGAGAUGAAUCCCAAAGUGCCAAGAAUAUUGCUGUUAACACUGAACUCACUAGUCUUAUAAAGGUGGAGGCAACCUCUCUCACUUCAGAGCAGUCUGCAGUAUCACAGUUGUCAUGGACUAAUUCAGCAAAAAACUUUUUGCCGUUCUACCCCAAAUCUUCAUCUGUGGCGCAGGAUAAAGAUGCCUCUCCAAGUAGGAUUUCUCACCAGCAGGGAGACGAAAACAGCUGGAAUGCAGCAGCAGAAAAUCAUGACAGUAGUGAAGGAAAAUGGGUAAUGCCCUUGGAUGAUCAAAUGGAUAUGCAGAGCUCUGCAGAGAAUGCAGAUGAUGACGUUGACAUCAAUGAUGGCGGUGGUGAAGUGGCAAAGUCUGUUGACCAUGAAGAGACAACACCCCCUGGCCUGCACUAUUACGUCAGAGACGGGGUCAAAAGGUACCCAUGCAACCGAUGUCAGAAAACCUACAGUCGGCCAUGUACUUUGAGGAGGCAUCUACGGUUGUGCGGGUUCAGGCCACGUGGACUUUCAGCUUUAACACAAGGCCAAGAUGCCAGUCCACUAAAUGCAAACAACGUGAAACCAAUGUUUGCUUGUUUUGUCUGUGGGAAACAGUUCAACCGUAAAGAUAACAUGAUGACUCACAGAAAGAGGUGUCAGUUGCAGCGAACAAUGUCAGAUGUAGAUGGAGGAAUGGUGCAGCAGAGUUUGCCAGGGAGUGCAGCAGACUGUCCAACCCAGGAAGAUGAAGGAAGCAACUGGGGCAUCAUGUCACUUCCCUCUGUACUUCCAAGAAGAGUGACGUGUGAGUGUGGAGUUGGAUUUACAUCUCCAAGGCUUCUCCUGGAGCACCUACAGAAGCACGCGCAGGAAUCAUACACGUGUCCAACCUGUGGAGAAACUGUCAGCUCCUGGGCUGACUAUGAAGUUCACCUGCAGAUCCACAUGCAUCCAAAUCACUUGCUGCUGAAGGGAAUGCAACCACAACGAUCUCAACCUUUGUUACUACGAUUUCAACAGCAGCCAUCUCCGCCGCAGCCUCCCACAGACGUCCAUCAACUUCCACAGAAGCAGCCGCAUCCAGAGAAGAUAAUAAGUCCCAUUAAAAAGCAACAGCGGAUUGUAUGCACGCGAUGCGGUAACUCUUUUGCCACACGCUGUUCCCUUCGGAAGCACAUUUCAUGGAAUCGAUGCAAAGGUGGACGUGUUGUAACCCCACCCACAAACCUACCAAAAACCUACCACUGUUCACACUGCAACUCUGACUUCCCAAACACUAUCAGUCUUCUGUUUCAUCAGAGGAGUGGGGCUUGCAAGCCCACCAUCAAGCCUGCACGCUGCCCCGUUUGCCUCCGCUGGUUUGGCACUAUGGUGGGUUUGCAGAAACAUCUGCUCAGUCACAAACAGUCAGAAUCAUAUCGUUGUGAUGCCUGUCAGGGUACAUACUCAAACCUUAAAUCCCUCCAAAACCACAGGAGGAGGAUUCAUCGCAUUUUAGUAGGGGGCUCUAAGCCAGUAACGCAAGAACCACUCACUUCUUAAUGCCACUGAAAAAGUUCUUAACAUGAAAGCGUGCUCUGAGAAAAGAGCACUUGUUUUUAUGACAGCCUGUUUCUUCCAUAUUUGCCAGUAGUAACUUUUUAUUCUGACAGUUGUUGUACAGCUACGCAGGUUGAUGUUUGUCAUAGUAGCUUGCUAUUGUAAAAACAACAGCUUUGUUAUACUGCAUAUUUUAUGACAUUAAUCCCUAUGUUCGAUACCCUCAUCAUCAUGUAAAUCAGGGGUUGCCAACCCUGGUCCUCAAGACCCACAGUCCUGCUGGUUUUCCAACUCUCCCAGCUCUAGAGGACCAGGGUUGGCCACCCCUUAUGUAAAUGUUUGUAUUUGGGAAUCAGACUCAAAGAGGGUGUGAUGUAGCUUGUUGUUGUCACUGGUAUUAAUAAAAAUAUCAGAAUGUAAA